CCAAGGAAGUCCAUCAACCAGAAACAGUAUUCAACUAGGAGCCACCAAAAGAAGAAGCAAAACAAUGGGUGGACAAAAAGCAACUAUCCUCGCUGCCGUGGCGCUAGUGAUCGCCUUUGCCGCUCCAGCAACAGCCGAUGUGAACGUCACCGCCUUGUGCCUGCUGGUCAGAAAUGGUAACUACGUGGCCAGCCAGUUGGACUGCUCGACCUACUACCAGUGCCAGGGAUCCUCGUUCACGGCCAUGUCCUGUCCCCAGGGCUACUAUUUCGACAAGAAUGCCCAGCAGUGCACAGGCUCUGUGCCGAGCACCUGCACCAGCAACACCGAUCCCUGUCAGGGCAAGGCGGUGGGAUCCUUCGCGGCAUCCAGUACGUCCUGCGGGGGCUACUACUACUGCGGAGCCUCCGGCGCUGUGAGGGGCAGUUGUCCUGCUGGCGAGAACUUCAAUCCCACCACAAUGGCUUGUGUGUACCGGAACAAUUACCCAUGCACCGAGUCCUCCGGCAGUAGCUCUACUGUGUCGGUCGCCCUCAAACUGUGCAAUCUCGUCGAGAAUGGCGUCUACUUCGGCAGCCCUUCCGACUGCAGUGGCUGGAACUUCUGCAAGGACAACGUGCUGCACUCGGGAUCUUGCGAAACUGGUCUAGUGUUCAAUGUGCAGGCCAGCAACUGCGGCUACAAGACGGCCUCCUCCUGCGCCCAGGUCACCAAUGAUCCAUCCCUGACCGGAGUGUCUGCUCCAACCACUUGCUCCUCGGACGGAUCGAUGAUCGCAGCCACCGCAUGCAACCAGUACUACAUGUGCUCCGCCGGCAACUAUCAGCUGAUGACCUGCCCCUCGGGUUACUACUAUGAUACCAUCUCGAAGGCGUGUGUGACCAGGAUGCAAGCGAGGAACAACUGCGACAGAUGUGUUGGCACCACUGCGACCUUCGUGAACGCCUACUCGACAACCAACUGCUCUGAUUACCUGUACUGCGUGAACGGUGUCCAGAAGGCCGUGGAGAGCUGCCCCGUAAACUACUACUUUAAUGAGAACUCCGGAGGCUGCGUAAGCGGUGUGGAGCCCACGUUCCUCUGCUGCAAUCCCACGAAGAGCGAUGGAAAUACGACGACGUCCUCUGGAACGUCCACUGGAUCAACUUCCACUGGCUCGUCUUCCACUGGAUCGACUUCCACUGGCUCGACUUCCACUGGAUCGUCUUCCACUGGCUCGACUUCCACUGGAUCGACUUCCACUGGAUCGUCUUCCACUGGCUCGACUUCCACUGGAUCGACUUCCACUGGAUCGUCUUCCACUGGCUCGACUUCCACUGGAUCGACUUCCACUGGAUCGUCUUCCACUGGAUCGACGUCCACUGGCUCGACUUCAACUGACUCGAAAUCCUCAACCACAAAAUAAUUUAAAUAGCAGUUCUGCCAAAAAUAAAAUGCUUUAUAUAAUUUUGCAACAAAAAAAA